AACAACGUUUAUGACGUCACAAAAUGGCGGCCCAGAACAAACCUGUUAUAUGAAGAUUGAUUAUUUUCGCAAAUUAACAAAAGUUAUGACGUGACCAGCGACAAAAGACAAUGAUUUCCCGCCUGGCUGCAGGCCGACCGGGCUUGCGACACACGCUCUUCCAUCAUUCUGACAUGCGCCUGCGUGCUUCCCGUGAUGAACUUCCGGGAGUGUCAGAAGCGCCAAAUCACUACUCGUAUGACGACGACGCAGACAGACGACACGAACAGAUGUCUCAAGAUCGCAAGUCGACAUCUUCCGAGGACAACUCGACAUCUUCAAAUAACGAGGACGUAGAAGACAUCAUGACGCUAAACGUGGGCGGACGCAUCUUCCAGACAUAUCGAAAGACGUUGCUGCGAUUCCCCGAUACUCGGCUUGGAUUAAUGGCUGAGAAGCCAACACGCAUCACCAUCAGUGGGAAAAGAGAGGAACUCUUCUUCGACCGCAACUCCGAUAUGUUUCCGUGUAUACUCGGCAUCUAUCGUGACGGCCAACUUCACAUUCCACGUGACGCGUGCGUUGUUGGCCUGACGACGGAGCUCGAGUACUGGGGCCUAAACGAGUCUCUGACUUCAGAGUGCUGUCAGAAGUACUACGAGGAUGCUGUUGGAGAGAUGCAGCUAACAGAAAUGAUGAAGGAAGAGUUUGAAAGUGUACGCCCCCGACGUAAGGUUUCAAACGCAGCGUUCAUCGCGACCUUCCAGGGCAAAUUUUGGGAGUUCCUAGAUAAUCCAGACUCUUCUAAGUUUGCCAAGAUCUGGUUCCUCUGCUUUUACGCGUUUCUUCUGAUCUCCGUGGCAAACAUCUUCAUCAGCACCCACCCUGGCUGUCGCGUCGACAUCAACUACAACUACAACAACACAAAGGACCACAACGAUUCCUCUGGUCAACUGAAGGAUUUCCUCACCUCACAGGCCGAAGAAAACCCCAAGAUCAAGCUUCUUCUUCACACGAGACCCCACGUCGUUAUCGUCACCCUGGAGUUGUUGUGCGCGGUGUUCUUCACGGUGGAGUUCAUUCUCCGUGUCACAUUCUGCCCCCACCGGAAGUUGCUGUUCCGGAGUUUCCUCACCUGGUGUGACCUCAUCUACCUUGUACCCCUCUGGGUAGAGCUGAUGACCAGUGCUAUUGACCUUGACCACUGGCAUCAGCCGGAGAUGAUCCCUGGAAAGCUUAUCCUGCAGAGUCUGAUGGUGAUGAGAGUUCUACGAAUCUUCACCCUUGCCAAGCAUUACCGUGCCCUGCGGGUUCUUCUCCUGUCCCUCAGGGCCAGUCUGAGGGAGAUUCUUCUACUCUUCACGUUCGUCCUCUUCGCCAUCAUCAUCUAUGCAAGCCUCGUCUACUGCGCUGAGAUAUUUCGACCAGAUUCGUUUGAAUCCAUGUUGACGGGACUGUGGUGGGCUCUCAUCACCAUGACGACCGUCGGUUACGGUGACACGGUUCCGACAUCUUGGGCGGGCUACAUCGUCGCAUCAUUGUGCGCGCUGACUGGGAUAAUCAUCAUCGGCAUGCCUGUCCCUAUCAUCACCAGCAACUUCCACCUCUACUACGGCUUCAGGACAGCAAUCGAUGAUGGCGACGGUGCGAAGUCCCUGACGCCAAAACUAAAGCCUAUUAAACAGCCGAUCAAAAGUGCGUACGGCUGAAGGAAAAUAGCCAAAACACCUAUAGGACACUAAAGAGUAUGGGGGACACUAGACAGUAAGACAUAAUUUUUUUAUGGUGAAGACUGAGCACACUUUUUCAUACAAAUAUCCCAAAACAUAUUCUUGAUCCGUAACGUUUUUUGUUCAGUAUAGUUCCAAAUACUAAACAAUCAAGUAUUCGGCAUUUUAAGAAAAAUGAUGUUAGUAUGGCGACAUGGGAUAUCUCGAAUACCGCAUCCAGCUUUAAUUGACAAUAUUAUUUGGAUAAUUCGAAGGAUUUGCGUUUAAUUUUCAAGCGGUCUCCGGAGAAUCGUCCCCUCCCAUCUCGGGAAUAUUUAACUUAAAAACUAAAGUACUUGAUCCGUCACUCAUAUGCGCAAUAGGAAGGACGAAUAUAAGUGAGUGAGUGAGUUAAACGUUUACAUCGUAUUGGCAAUAUUGCAGCCAUAUCGCGACACGAAUAUGAGGAUAGGUUGACGAUAAUCAUGGGGAGAUCGUUUCUUGUUAUGGUGGUCCAUUGGUUGUGAGAGACAUUGCAGAAAGUUGUAUUGAUAAGCUAACCACCGCCUUGAAUGCCUCGACAUCCUGAAUAAAGGCGUGAAACAAAACCACAUUUCCAAGCGGUAAUUCCAAAAACAGUCUGAUAUUUGUCAGUGAACAUCAGGGUUAUUGUAUGAAAACACAGUCGAUUUGCAGGUGAAUAAAGCUGCUAAACCAGAA